AUGGGGGACGGCCGGGUGUUGGAUCCUGCUAUCAUCAAGGAUCUCAGCAACCACAUCUAUGAGAAGCGCAAAGCCACUGCGUUUCAGAUUGAGCUGUUCACCAAGUCGGCAUUAUCCCGCAAUGAGUCCCAGACCAUUUACAAGAUCAUUGACGAGCUUAGUGAGCUCACCAACCUGGGAACAAACCUGGCCAAGAUGGGAGCGAUAACUGCUCUAGGCAGUGUGCUGGUGGCAUUGGGUAGCAUUGCGAUUGCCUACUUCUUGGACAAGAUCAUCAAGCCGAUCUUUGCCACGUUUAAAGAUACUGAUGCCCGUGUACGCUACUACGCCUGCGAAUCCUUGUACAAUAUCGCCAAAAUCGCUCGAGGAGAAAUCCUUGUCUACUUUAAUGAGGUGUUUGACAUUCUUCUGAUAUUGGUAACCGACUCAGAACUGCUGGUAAAGAACGCCGCUGACAUUUUGGACCGACUCAUUAAGGAUAUCGUCAGUGCCAAGGCUACCAAUUAUGUGCUGAUUAUAUACCAAAAAGAGCCAGUGACGGAGAUUACAAGCCACUUGGUUGACGCCAAUGGGGUAGCUAUUCAGGUCAAUCACCCUCAAGAUGCUAAAAAGGCAUUUUCCUUGCCCAAGUUUAUCCCCACACUUUUGGAACGCAUGUACGUAUUGGAUCCCUAUUGCAAGAAGUUCAUGUUGCUGUGGCUCGAGUUGUUAGACGAUAUCCCUACACUCGAACUCAUUUCGUUUCUCCCGACGUUUUUGGAACCACUCAUCAAAUUCUUGAUGAACAACGCCCCCGAUGAUGUUCGAAUGGACACUGAAAACAUGCUCAAUCAGUUUUUAGUUGAAAUGCAAGGAAUUGCUCGGGUACGUCAUGAAAAACGAAGAAAGCAACGCGAUACCCUUAGGUUGAAGGAAAAGGGAGAGAAACCGGAAAAUGACAAGGAUGGCAGUACAGAACAUGAAGUUGACAAUGAGGCAGAAACUGUAACUGAGAAACAAGCGGAGAAGGAGAAACUGACUGACAAUGAUAAGUUGGAAAUUGGUAAGGCCAAAGCUAACGACAAAACAAAGACCACCGAUAAAGACAAAGAGUCAACAAAAGAACAACACAAUGAUCCCAACAAGUCAUUUGAUCUGGCAAUCCUGAACUUAACCACCGUCAUUCAUACGCUGGAAGCCAAACCGGAUCAUAUUGAAGAACCUGAUGACAACGAGAGUCAUGUCGAUGGUGUGGAGGAUGAUGAAAACGAUGAAGAAAAUGACGAAUUUGUAACAGGGCAAGACAUCUAUUUGGAUUAUCCCAAAAUGAUUGAAAUUUUAUUGACGUUCUUGCGCCACUCACCUUCGAUGAAAUUGGCGCCCGUUGAUCUUCUGGGAGAGCCUCAUGACAUUGUUGUAACUAUCCAGGAGAUAAGUUUGACAUGGCUUGAACAAAUCCUCAACAUUAGUCCACUGGGAUUCGUGAAUUUGUUACCUCAGUGUCUCACUAUUAUUAUCAGGAAUAUCGCCACAACUGAACAAGAAAAGGAUUUCGAUCUUCGAAACCUAUUCCUUGGCUUUUCUUCAGCUCUUCAACAAUUUCUUGUUUCACUCAAGGAAUGCAACGACGAAUCACAACUCCAAGGACUCACCCCUGAGCUUUAUGAUGACUUUGUUGAGUCUCAACUUCCACAAUUGAUCAAAACCAUAACCGACAAUUACACCGCCACCAAAAACGAUUUUGGAAAAAUUACUUGCUUAGAAUGGCUUGAGUUUUUAUAUGCUCAAAAUCCAAAGGAGUACAUGACUGUGUUAUCGGACCGACCCUUCAAGCUUGGGGAUCUUUUGAGAUCACUGAGUAAUGAUGUGGCUAGUAAGCUGCUUGAAUUGUUCGCAGUCAUAAGUGAAGAUAAUGAUCUGAUGUUCAACCAGCAAAUCGAGGAUCUUUUGCAUUUCUUCCACACCCAAUAUCAGACCAACAAACCUCGAAUUGAACUUGUCGUACGCAAAUUGUGUACUUGCCUUCCCCUGCAACGCGUCUAUCUGCUGAUUGCUGGAAACUUGAACACUUGGGAGGAUCUUGAUUUUGUUAAUGCUAUGGUUUCCACGCUUAACACUAUCUUAUUGACCCUGAAUGAGCUUGGUGACUUGCGCAAACGGCUCAGAGCCUUGGAUGUGUACAAGAUGGACGACUGGCAAAUAUUUGCCACCUUAUUCCAAAGCUGGUGCCAUCUGGCGACACUGGCACUUUCAUUAUGUUUGCUCACAUCGAACUACGAAUUGGCUUACCUUAUUAUAAAAAAUAUCAGUGAACAAGAAGUGAGUUACCAGUUGUUGAUGCAUUUGGACAUUUUGGUACAGCUUAUCGAACUGCCUAUAUUCCUCAAGCUCCGUAUGCAAUUGUUGGAGCCAGAGAAGCAGCCAUAUCUCUACAAGACGUUGUAUGGACUUUUGAUGAUUUUACCUCAGCUGCUGACAUACUCUACUCUCCAAAACCGUCUCACCCUGGUGGCCACGUUAUUGUCGCUGACAGCGGCUACUGCUACUCCCACACCCGCUGCCACUACCCCGCUGGCAUUACCGCAGCUGACACCACUGCUGUUGCUGAUUCGCAAAAAGCGGAUCUAUGAGAUGCUUGACAAGUUCAUCAAAGUUCAGGAACAACAUGAACAUGCCGACGCCGUCAAAAAGGAGAAAGAGGACAAGGACAAGAAGCAGAAAGGGGCUGUGCCUCGUCGUGAACCUUAG